AUGACGUUGUCUGACCUUACUGCCGAGUGCCAUCGGAUUCUCAGUCUCCGGAGAGACACCUCGAUCCUGGAAAACCCCACCAAGUUGUCCCCGAGCGAGAGUGCUUCGGUGAACGCAAUCACUCACAAGGCUGACAGCUCUAAGAAAAUGAACACCUUCAAGCACUCAUCGAAAGCCCCAUCGCCCCAUCAUCACAACCAAAACAAACAACCAUUCAAAAACAGUUGUGAUAAGCCCAGGACACCGUGCUGGAAAUGCGGACAAAUGCAUUUUGUCCGUGGGUGUUCGUACCAGGAUCAUCGCUGCAAGGACUGCCAACGAGUCGGUCACAAGGAGGGGUACUGCCAGUGUGUGUCGUCCAAUCCUGGUAAGAAAAGGAGGUUGAGACAGCCCCCAGUGCAAACCAAAGGCAUCUACUCCGUCAAGCAUGUUGCUGUUCAUCAUCGAAGGAAGUAUGUAUCAGUGGUCAUCAAUAACGUCCCACUGGAGCUCCAGUUAGACUGCGCUUCCGACAUCACCGUCAUCUCGGAGGCUAGGUGGAAUCGCAUAGGACGUCCUACCAAGAAACCACCAUCGCAGCAUGCUCGUACAGCUUCGGGGCAACCCCUGGACUUAGUGGCAGAAAUCGAUUGCGACGUUUCGCUCAGAGGAGUUCAACGCUCAGGCCUCGACUUCAUCGAACUCUUCAACUUGUGGGACGUCCCCCUGAGCAUGGUUUGCCACCGCAUAAGUUCAUCGCUGCCUGGAGGACGUGCAGAGUUUGCGUGUAUCGUUUCCGAAUCUGUUCACCGAUUCGUUGGGUUGCUGUAA